UUUGACAUCAAAUUUGAGGUUCAUGGUGGACGAAGGUGUCGUCGAGUUGGAGGAGCGCGUGGCAGCAUUGGAUACGCGCCUGCGGGGCCUGGAGAGCGUGGCGCGUGUCGUGCAAGACAUCAGGAGUCGCCGAGUGUACAGCGCCAGGCUGCAUCGGGCACCCCACGACUACUACGACUGGACCCUGGCAGAUCGUGCGAAGUUCCUCCAAUGUAACGUGGCUCAGUUGUGCAAGAGCAUCAUCAUGGAGAACGUCGCGUGGAAGAGCGACAUGCCGCAUGUCCCUAGGUACUAUAUCCUCCUCUCAACACUACGAUGCCACCCACCACCAUCUAUCUACCUUGCUCCAUGGUUUAGAUUUGUGUGUGUGAUUGUGCAAUACAAAGCCAAGAUCAACUCGGACAAAGUCGCCAAGUUGAUUCGUGAUGCCAGUACCUCCGUAAAGAUCUCUCGGAAGCAGGUCAACUUCCAACACGCGCCGCCCGACACGUCCGCGCUCUUGACCGGGUUCGAAUUCAACGGCGUGUCCCCGUUCGGCAUGUCCACCGCUCUCCCGGUUCGACUCACCCGUUUCUGCAUGUGCACAUGACACUCAUGCACGACAACCAGGUCAUUGUAUCCGCCCCGGUGCUGGAGCUGCCGUACAUUUGGCUCGGCGGCGGCGCCCACGACGUCAAGCUCAAGGUCUCCGUGACCCAAUGCGUCCAAUCCCUCUCUGCGAUCGCGGGGGACGUGUCCGAGUCACGACAACAUGCUCUGACCACUCCGUUGCAAAACUAGCACUAAUCUACUGAUGACAGUAUAUUGUAAUAUCUUUUCAUUACUUUGGACAGGUUAGUAUUAUCGAUUCCUACAUGUCAAACAUGUGCGUGAAGGGCCCGUCGGACUCGAACUGCAAUGCCUGUGUGCGCAUAUGAUGAGAGAACAGUGUCACAGAAAGCUAACAACUGGAGCACUGCGACUGACUGUACUACCUGACGGUUGCCA